CGGGGAGACACUGCGGGUGGGAGGGGCCCGAGGGGCGAGUUGGAGCGGCGCGUGCGGGACAGGGCGCCUUUGGUGAACGAUGAGUGCUCGCCGCCGCGGCGCGCCCGGUGACAAAAAGCAGCGCAAAAGUGCUGCGCGGAGACCCUCCUUGGUAUCGGAUAGUGAAGUGGGUCUGCUGGCACCGCCCCCGGAGGAGACUGGAGGCAGUCCUCUUGGACCUUGCGAUGGCGGGGGAGAAGGUGAGGCAGACGUGGUUGCAGUCACCAUCCCAGAGGAAAAAGAGGUGGAUCUGAAACCCUGCAUCCGAAGCCGGGUGGUCCUGAGCGGCCUAAGGGAUGACAUGUGGACAGAAGAGCAUGCUGCAACCCUGGAUCUCUUUCUGAAGGAUGUCAGUAAGCAAUUGCUCGUCGUCUACAUAGAUGAGUUUGCCGGACUGAAGGUUGAGCAGAAUAUGCCACAUCAGGAGCAGAAACAGCUCACCUACUUCAUCCGCCAUGAGAAUGCCGAGAUCACCGCCGAGAAUUUCCAGAAGACAGUGCAAUUUGGCACCGUCCGGAGACCCUACAUUGAUUCCCUUGUGCGAAUUCUCAAUAGCGUCUUCCUCCCCCGCCUCUUCCACAACACCAAUUGGCCCGAGAGCAUCAAGAACGAAUUCUUCUCGGAAAUAUACCACUUCAUGACCUCUCUCACAGAUACCCGUUCGAAAAUGAAGGGCCGCACGGUGCUCUACAUCCCCAUUGAAGCCCUGAGCAUGAAGCCCGAAGUGGUAGUGAAGGACAAAGCACUGGUUCAGAGACUGGAAACUUCCAUGAUCCACUGGACGCGGCAGAUCAAGGAGGUGCUGCGAGCGCAGGAGGCGGUGGAGAGCAGGGAGAGCACGGGGCCAUUGGAGGAGAUUGAGUUCUGGACGAACCGCUGCACCGACCUGUCUGAGAUCAGCAAACAGCUAUGCAGGCAGGGAGUGACGCACAUCGAGUCCAUCCUGGUGCUCUCCAAGUCCUCCUAUGUGGCACCCUUCCAGAGGCUUGCCAGACAGAUACAGGACGGGUCUGAGCAAGCGCAGUCGAACCUCCGCUUCCUUUCCAUCCUGAAAGAGCCGUUCCAGGAGCUGUCCACGCUGCGGCCCAAAGACAUCCCUGACAAGCUGCCCCACCUCAUCAGCCUCGUCCGCAUCAUAUGGGUCAACUCCCCAUACUACAAUACCAGAGAGAGAAUCACAGCCCUCUUCCGAAAGAUGAGCAACAAAAUUAUCCUGAUGUGUUGCCAAGACAUUUCCCUGGACCGGAUUUUUGAGGGUUACGUGGUAUCCAGCAGACAGUCGCUCCAUGACUGUAUCUCAUGUAUGAACGCCUGGAAGGAUUGUUACCUGUACGCAGCUCAGAUGCACAACAGGCUUUCCGGGAAAGGCUGGGUCCUGGACCAGACGAGCAUCUUCGCCCAAGUGGACGCCUUCGUUCAGCGCUGCAAAGACCUCCUGGAGGUUUGCGACUGCCAGCAGCACUUCGCCCGCUGGGAGGACGGGAAGCAGACCCCGCUGCCCUGUUUCUUUGGGCACCGGGGUCCCCAGAUGACCCGGAACCUGCUGGAGAUAGAGGAGACCUUUCAGAAGCACCUGCACACCCUGCGGAACAUGAAGGGGGGGAUCCUGGACGUGAAGAACACGUUCUGGCACGAGGAUUUUAACCGGUUCCGUUCUGGCGUCAAAGACCUGGAGGUGAUGACCCAAAACCUGAUCACCUCGGCCUUCGAGACGGUGCGGGACGUGGAGCAUGGCGUGGAGAUCCAGGACAUCUUCCACCACCUCUCUGCACGAGAGGCCAUCAAGCGCACCUUUGACAAGAAAGCCGUGGACGUCUACAUGCUGUUCAACCGAGAGCUCUCCCUGGUCAACAAGGAGCUGAGCAAGAAGCUACCGUUCCUGCCGCCGCACAUGUGCCAUUAUUCAGGCCUGGCGCACUGGCUGCGGGCUCUGCGCCGGCGCAUCGACAGACCCCUAAAGUGUCUUUCCAAUGCCCACUUCUUGCCCCACAUUGGGACGGGGGAGGAGAGCUUUCAGGCCUACCAGCUGCUUGUCCAGGCCAUGGACGAGAUUGAGAGGAAGACCUUCCAGGAGUGGGCGCAGACCCUGGACAAAGACAGCCUGAAACGCCUGGACACCCCGCUCCUGAUCCCCAGCGCCGAGAAGAGCGGCAUGCUGGACAUUAAUUUUGACAAGGACUUGCUGAAAUUAUUUGUGGAAAUCCAUUACUGGGAGCGGCUGCUCUUCGAGAUCCCCCACUAUGUGGUGGAAGUUUACGACCGGAAGGAGGAUCUGCGCAACCUCCGCGAGAACCUGCUCCUGGUUGCCCGGGACUAUAACAGGAUCAUUGCGAUGCUGUCCCCGGAGGAGAGGGCCUUGUUCAAGGAGCGGAUCCGAUACCUGGACAAGAAGAUCCAGCCCGGCUUGAAGAAACUGCACUGGUCGCUGAAAGGGGCCAGCACGGCCUUCAUCAGUGAGUGUCGACUGCACGCCAGCAAGGUGCAGACCAUUGUGAACGAAUACAAGGCAGCCACCCUGACCAUCGCUCGCAGUGCCCAGCAGAUCAGCGAGGCGCUGCUGGUGCGGAUCACCGGCAAGCGGGUCUACAAUGACUUGGAGUUUGAGGAGGACCAGAAGGAGCACCGGGCCUGGGUGCAGCAGAAGCUGAUGGGUAUCCACGAGGAGGUCAUCAACAUCAUGCGGCAAACCUAUGAAGUCUUCAAACACGAUAGCGCCGAGGUGCAGCAGUACUGGAUGGCCUACACCGUCAAGAUGAACAGAAUGAUGGAAGAGGCCUUCAGGCUCAACGUCAAAUGGUCCCUACUGGAACUCUCCAAGGCCAUCAAUGGAGAUGGUAAGACCACGCCUAAUCCCCUGUUCAGGGUCAAGGUGAUCCUACAGGACAACUACCCGGCACCAUCUGCACAGGUGGAGUUUUCCCCAACUCUGGCCCAGCUCGCGAAUAUGGUCAAUGACAUCAGCAGCCACCUCAUCGCCAGCAUCUCCGUCUUCCGCCACCUGCCAGAGAUCCUGACCAAACGCAAAUUCCACCGCGAUCCCAUCUCGGUCCUCGUGGAGCGUGAUGAGGAUAUCAAGAAAAUCCAGGCACUGAUCAGUGGGGGCAUGCAAGCAAAUGCCACGCACCUCCAGGCGUACCUGAAGACCUGGGAUGUCUACCGGGAGAUCUGGGAGGUCAACAAGGACUCCUUCAUUAACCGCUACCGGCACCUCAACCCACUUGUGUCUUCCUUCGAUGCAGACACUGCUCGGUAAGGGACGACCUGUGUCCAUGGAUGCUCGAAUCCUGCAUGCCCCUCGUGGACCAGAUGGGUCUCUUGUACCUGUACUGAUGAGGGCCAAGAGCCUUCAGAUUCAGGGAAGUCCACCCCCUUGCCCUUUUGAAAUGGACAUAGUUCACAAGCGAAGCCAGGCCUGCCCUGUUCAAUAUUGAAUGUGAGAUGCAAAGGAAAAUCAGAGUCCUGGUGAGCAGCGUGGGUGGGUCG